UCUCAAUUCUCUCGAGAGAGCAGCCAACCGAAGAAGCCGGCGAAUUGAAUUGAAUUGAAUUAUCCAAUUCGACACGUCUUGGCGCAAUAAAAUCCCCCAAACCAAUAAACCCAUUACACUCGCAGCCCUGUUUACCAACAAUCGACCUGUUCAACCCAACCUCGACUCUUCGGCUACUUUGUCCUCACCUAUGUCUGUAUUGCUCAUCGUUUUCGCCUCUCGCCGCUUCUGUGCUUAAAGAUCCACGCCCCUUUGAUUCUUUCCCCAGAUGGGUCGAUGAAUUUCUUCGACGAGUUCAAUUUCUUGAUUGGCUCUUCCGAUUUCUGGGUUUGUGUAUGGAUUUAGUGAUGUGUAUUGUAGUUCAUCUUCAGAUUUGAUUGAAUACAGGGAUCGAGGCAUUGACUUUAAUACUUUACUUGUUUACUGUUCUUAAUCUUUUGGGUAUCUGAGCGUUUACUUUGAUAUUGAUUCCUCUGCCAUUUUUGCACUAAUAAAUUGUUCUCAAGUUUUGGGGAUGAUCUGAUUCUGAUUCUGAUUCUUGAUUCUGUUCAUAUUGCUUAUGAUUAUUUGACUGUAAUUCUGUGAUUACUUUUGGGGUUGACUUGGAGAUUGUGUGAUGAUCGAAUCUUAUGUUUAGAAUGUAUCACUGUGCUUGAAUUGAGGAAGGUUUUUGAGUUGUGGGAAUCAAUGGGGAAUACUUGUGUAGGACCAAGCAUUUCAAAGAAUGGAUUCUUUCAAUCUGUGUCUGCUGCUAUGUGGCGCUCUGGAUCGCCUGCGAAUUCAGUUUCUCAUCAUACUAAUGGAGAAAACGUCCAUGACGUAGCAGCUACCGAACCCGAAUCGGCUUUGCCAAUUCAAAACCACCCCCCUGAGAAGGUGACAAUGCCAGAAUCAGUAGUCAAACCUGAACCGCCCUUGGAACCUAAGGCACGCCCUAACCUUGUUAUGAAGAGAGUAGGUAGUGCUGGUCUUCGGGGCGAACCGAUUUUACAGACAAAAACGGGGAACUUUAAGGAGUAUUAUAGCUUAGGUAAGAGAUUGGGUCAAGGACAAUUUGGGACUACAUAUAUGUGUGUGGAGAAGGCAACUGGGAAAGAGUAUGCUUGUAAGUCAAUUGCUAAGAGGAAGUUGGUCAAUGAGGAUGAUGUUGAGGAUGUGAGAAGGGAAAUUCAGAUAAUGCAUCACUUGGCUGGACACCCGAACGUUAUAUCGAUCAAGGGGGCUUAUGAGGACGCUGUUGCGGUUCAGGUAGUUAUGGAGUUAUGUGCGGGCGGUGAGCUAUUUGAUCGGAUCAUUCAACGUGGACAUUAUACUGAAAGGAAGGCUGCUGAGCUUACUAGGACCAUAGUCGGGGUCGUGGAGGCGUGUCACGCUCUUGGAGUCAUGCAUCGAGACCUUAAGCCCGAGAAUUUUCUCUUUGUUAGCAAGGAAGAGGAGUCACUUCUCAAAACAAUUGAUUUUGGACUAUCAAUAUUCUUCAAACCAGGUGAAAAGUUUAAUGAUGUGGUCGGGAGUCCAUAUUAUGUCGCACCUGAAGUCCUGCGGAAGCGCUACGGUCCCGAAUCCGAUGUUUGGAGUGCUGGAGUAAUUGUCUACAUUCUGUUAAGUGGAGUACCUCCUUUUUGGGCUGAAACCGAACAAGGGAUAUUUGAAGAGGUCCUGCACGGUGAUCUCGACUUCUCUUCGGACCCUUGGCCUAGCAUCUCCGACAGUGCAAAAGAUUUGGUGAGAAGAAUGCUUAUUCGAGACCCGAGAAAGAGAUUGACAGCGUAUGAAGUUUUGUGCCACCCUUGGGUUCAAGUCGACGGUGUGGCUCCAGACAAGCCACUCGACUCGGCGGUCUUGACUCGCUUGAAGCAGUUUUCAGCCAUGAACAAGCUCAAGAAAAUGGCUAUCAAGGUCAUUGCAGAGAGCUUAUCCGAAGAAGAAAUUGCUGGGCUCAAGGAAAUGUUCAAGAUGAUAGACACCGACAACAGCGGUCAGAUCACUUUUGAAGAACUCAAAGCUGGUUUAAAAAAAUUUGGAGCUAAUCUUAAGGAGUCCGAAAUUUAUGAUCUAAUGCAAGCAGCCGAUAUCGAUAACAAUGGAACCAUCGACUACGGGGAGUUCGUAGCUGCCACAUUACAUCUAAACAAAAUCGAGAAGGAAGAUCAUCUUGUAGCAGCUUUUUCGUAUUUCGACAAGGACGGAAGUGGGUUCAUUACGCACGACGAACUUCAACAAGCAUGUAAAGAGUUCGGGAUAGAAGAUCUUCAAUUGGAAGAAAUGAUGCACGAGGUCGAUGCAAACAACGACGGAACGAUCGACUAUAACGAGUUCGUGGCAAUGAUGCAGAAAGGAAAUGUAACAAAUGCCGCUGGGAAGAAAGGUCUUCAAAGUACCUUCAGCAUUGGGUUUAGGGAGGCUCUAAAACUAUAGUGUUCUAUGUAAAGGUACCAUUAUUCAAGUUAGUUUCUUCAUUGUUCUUGGCUGCUCGCCUGCUCGUUUUCGGCACCACGUCACGAGCUUGCUUGCACUCGACAUCAUGUUGUUCAUUGCCAUCGCGAGCUUGCUUGCACUCGACACCAUGUCGUUCAUCGCCAUGGCUUCCUUUUUGAAAACUAUGCAGAGAAAAGAGCAUAGAUUUUUUCUUCA